AUGGCCCUUGCUAUCGAGUUUGACAGCAGCAGCGCUACGCCCGCGCCUCAGCCAGGACCCCAGCGUCGUCCGUGGCAGCCCAGGGAUCAGAAGGGUCCGACGUUGGCUGCCCCACAACACCAGCAUCAACCACAGCCGGCGACCAAACCGGUGUACGCCAGGGGCCCGGAAUAUUCGAAGCUCCCAGUCAUCCACUUGACAACAGCCCAACGGGCAGACCGUACCCGCCGCGGGGUAUGCAUUUAUUGCGAGGAGAAGUGGGGGCCGUCUCAUGCCUGUAAACGCCCUUUCUUGGCCUAUAUGGGUGCCGAUAUGGAUGAGGAGGUCGCGGAGUUGGAUACAUCAGCUGAUCAACAGGAACCUCCGGAGGUAAUAACGGCCGAUCUCUCACACAUUUAUGCACUUGACGGCAGAGUAGCGCAGAGGCUCGCGCUUCCGCUGACGGCAGUCAAGCCCUUCCGAGUUUAUGUGGGAAACGGGGCUUCAUUGGUAUGUACGCACGCUAGCUUGCAAACCAGAGUGGUGAUUCAGUCGCACGUAUUCUUGAUUGACCUACAUAUCCUACCAAUACACGGGCCGGAUGUUAUUCUCGGCUUGGCUUGGCUAAAGUCUAUGCGUCGCGUCACGAAUGAUUUUGUAGAUGGAACUUUGGAAUUUGUGCGCAAUGGGGAGCCAAUCUGUUUGAAAGUCUCUGCACCAAUGGCACAGGAGGUCUUGCUCAAAACCGUCGCCACCCUACUGUCAUUCAGCGGCGAGGCCGAGAUGUUCGAAUUGGUGGCAGUCCCCGGCGCUGAUGACCCGGAGGGGGACAGCGAUCACCCCCAAUUCCCGGCGGACUUGGACCCUAUGAUUCUGGCAGUUUUGCGGUCACAUGAAGCUGUAUUUCACGCUCCGACGGGAAUGCCUCCGGCCCGGCCCUUCGACCACCGCAUUCACCUCCUGCCGAACGUGAAACCGGUCAAUGUGCGCCCAUACAGAUACCCAUAUUUCCAGAAGACGGAAAUCGAACGCCAAGUGAAGGAAAUGCUAGCUUCGGGAGUCAUCUGGCCCAGUCAGAGCCCGUUUUCAUCCCCAGUGUUGCUUAUUCGGAAAAAGGAUGGGACGUUUCGAUUCUGCAUUGACUAUAGGGCCCUGAACACUGCGACAGUGCCUGAUCACUUCCAUAUACCAACAUCGGAUGAGUUAUUUGACGAGCUGGGUUCCGCACGGUUUUUCACCAAACUGGAUCUCCGUUCAGGGUAUCAUCAGAUUCGGAUGCACACGGAUGAUGUCUUCAAGACGGCCUUUCGAACCCACGAUGGCCACUUUGAAUUCCUCGUCAUGCCAUUCGGAUUGACGAAUGCUCCUUCCACAUUCCAGUCGGCCAUGAAUACUAUUUUUAGACCACUCCUGCGCACUUUUGUGAUCGUCUUCUUCGACGAUAUACUGGUCUAUAGUCCAACGCUGGAAUCUCAUGUGCGACACCUGCAUGAGGUACUUACCAUUCUGAAAGAUAAUCAUUUUUUUGUUAAAUUGUCCAAGUGUGCUUUCUGCAGUACUACAGUGGAGUAUCUGGGCCACUUAAUUACGGAGGGGCAAUUGAUGGCUGACCCGGAGAAAAUCAAAGCAAUGGUUGCAUGGCCAGUGCCAGCCUCCAUUAAACAGUUGCGGGGUUUUUUGGGUCUUACAUGUUAUUAUCGGAGAUUUAUUGCGCAUUACGCGACUCUGGCCCGCCCUUUGACGGAGUUACUCAAAAAGGACGCCUUCGCGUGGACCCCCGCGGCACAAGAUAGCUUCAUCGCCCUCAAGGAAGCUAUGACAUCGGCCCCUGUGUUACACCUACCGGAUUUUUCUAAAGUGUUUUAUAUUGAGACAGACGAGUCGGAUUUCGGGGUAGGAGCGGUCCUUCUUCAAGAGGGACAUCCUUUGGCCUACUUUAGUAAGAAAUUGGGGCCUCGGCGUCGGGUGUCGUCGACAUAUCAUAAGUAG